ACGGGCGGGCGGGCGGCGGGCUUUUCCGGCGGGCUCGCGGGCUGCCUGCGCCUUGCCCCGCCGCUGCCUCCGCCUCCCCCACUCGCCGCUCGCUGCCGCUCGGCGCCUCCAUCCUGGUACUUGGGAGUCUCCAUCCUGGUUUCUCAAGUGCCCGGACCCAAAACAGGAAGUUUGAGUAUGAGCACAGUUGAAGAAGAGUCUGACACAGUGACAGUAGAAACCGUGAACUCUGUGACUUUGACUCAGGACACAGAAGGGAAUCUUAUACUUCAUUGCCCUCAAAAUGAAGCUGAUGAAGUAGACUCUGAAGACAGCACUGAACCUCCACACAAGAGGCUUUGCUUAUCAGAGGAUGAUCAAAGCCUUGAUGAUUCCACACCGUGCAUUUCCGUUGUUGCAGUUCCAAUUUCAGAAAAUGAUCAGAGCUUUGAGGUGACCAUGACUGCUACCACAGAGGUAGCCGAAGACGAGAUUAAUGAAGGAACUGUUACUCAGAUUCAGAUUCUUCAGAAUGAACAGCUGGAUGAAAUCUCCCCAAUGGGCAAUGAAGAAGUGUCAGCUGUUAGUCAAGCUUGGUUCACAACCAAAGAGGAUAAGGAUUCUCUAACAAAUAAAGGCCAUAAGUGGAAGCAAGGAAUGUGGUCAAAGGAAGAAAUUGACAUUUUGAUGAGUAACAUUGAGCGCUAUUUAAAGGCUCGUGGAAUAAAAGAUGCCACUGAAAUUAUAUUUGAAAUGUCGAAAGAUGAAAGAAAAGAUUUCUACAGGACAAUAGCUUGGGGUCUGAAUCGGCCUCUCUUUGCUGUCUAUAGAAGAGUUCUUCGCAUGUAUGAUGACAGAAACCAUGUUGGAAAGUAUACUCCUGAGGAAAUUGAAAAGCUUAAAGAGCUGAGAGUAAAGCAUGGUAACGAUUGGGCCACAAUAGGAGCUGCACUGGGGAGAAGUGCUUCAUCUGUAAAAGAUCGAUGUAGAUUGAUGAAGGAUACCUGCAACACAGGAAAGUGGACAGAGAAAGAAGAAAAAAGACUAGCAGAAGUAGUGCAUGAGCUAACUAGCACAGAACCAGGUGACAUCGUCACACAAGGUGUAUCGUGGGCUGCCGUGGCAGAACGGGUUGGGACACGCUCGGAAAAGCAAUGCCGCUCUAAAUGGCUCAACUAUCUCAACUGGAAACAGAGUGGGGGCACUGAGUGGACCAAGGAAGAUGAAAUAAAUCUGAUCUUGAGGAUAGCGGAACUUGAAGUUUCUGAUGAAAAUGACAUCAAUUGGGACUUACUAGCUGAAGGAUGGAGUAGUGUGCGCUCACCACAGUGGCUUCGGAGUAAAUGGUGGACCAUUAAAAGACAGAUUGCAAACCACAAAGAUGUUUCAUUCCCUGUGUUGAUAAAGGGUCUUAAACAACUCCAUGAGAACCAAAAAAACAACCCAGGGCACCAGCUGUCGGAGAACAAACCUGGCAGUGGAUUAUCAAACAGCAGUUCCAGUGCAGGGGUUCAGCACGUGCAGAUCCGAGUGGCUCGGCUGGAGGAGAGCGCGGGCAGUGCACCCAGCCCCGUGGCAGCACUGCAGAUCCCAGUCCAGAUUACACAUGUCUCCUCAACGGAUUCCCCUACUGCUACUGUUGACUCUGAGACAAUAACACUAAACAGUGGAACACUACAGACCUUUGAGAUCCUGCCAUCUUUCCAUCUCCAGCCAACUGGAACACCGGGUACAUACUUACUACAGACAAGCUCAAGCCAAGGCCUUCCCUUGACGCUGACGACAAGUCCCACAAUGACCCUCACGGCCGCUGCCGCUGCUCCAGCCUCCCCAGAGCAGAUCAUAGUUCACGCCUUAUCCCCAGAACACUUGUUGAACACGAGUGACAACGUCACAGUGCAGUGCCACACACCGAGUGUCAUCAUCCGCACCGUCGCUGCUGAAGAGCUCUCCUCCUCUGUCGCUCAGGCAGAACUUACUGUUGACUCAGACAUUCAAUCAGCUGACCUGACAGACCCUCACGAUACCCUGGAAACAAACUCUUUCCCAGAUGAUAUCCAUCAGCCCAAGCUGAGUGACGAAGAGCAUUCAGCCUAUAAUGAAGGUGAUGCCUCCAAAUUCAGCAGCAGGAAUAGCAGUGAACUGAUGGAUGGAGUUAUGGUGAGAACCGAGGUGGAGAUUUCAGAUGCCAGCCUGAAACAGGAGGGGGAUUCUCACUCACAUUUACCCAGCACUUAUGUUACUGAGGACCUGGGUUCUCCAACGAUAGAACAACAAGUUGAUCAGCCUACAAUAGAUGAUGAGACUGUGCUUAUUGUUCCUUCCUCCCAUGGUUUUAUCCAGACCACAGACGAUAUAGACAGCGAAUCAGUCUUGCCUCUGACGACUCUGACAGAUCCUAUCCUCCAGCAUCACGGAGAUGGGUCACACAUCAUCGGCUCAUCCUUGGGCAGUCCCGACUCGGAAGACUCGAAGGAUGUUGAAGAUUUAGUGAGCUGUCACUGAGAUGCAGUAGUCAUGUCCAUUUUCUAUUUGCAUUGUGGAAUUAGUUACACCCCUGUGCCACGUUUCCAAAGAAAGCAGUCAGUCCGUGUCUUUAUACAGAAACUUCCAGUCUGACGUGAGUACAGUGCACUUUCUCUGCUCAGGCUAUUUACCUCAUUCUUAAAGGGUUAUGGAGCACCCAAAGCCUGAGGUGCUGCGCCUCAGCCCGGCUGUUGCAGUGCUGUGAAGAGCUCUGUGGCAGUGCUCACUGCUGGGAUCCACGUGCUGCACCUCAGCCCAAGUGUUGCAGUGCUGCGAUGAGCUCUGUGCUCACUGCUGGGAUCCAUGUGGGCAGCUCUGGCCUGACUCCUUACCCUCUGUGCUGAACUGCACAUCUGGGAAACUGGAGCGCAGUCAAGGACUGUGGACUGUAGCCUUUUAGUGCCACAGCAAGAAUUAGUUUGCACAUGUUUUGUGAAGAAUGGGUGAGGAUUUCUGCACUUAUUGACUCUUGUGAUACAUGGAAUAAGAGACUGUUACAUUUCAAGAAGAAAUGUAUUCCAUCAAAGACUUGAGGGAGUGUGGGCAGAAUCACAAAGAACCUGUCCCUGUUCCCAUCUCACUUGGCUCGUGAGUACAUCUACGGCACAGGAAGGCUCAGAUGCCCGUGAGCCUCCCCUGGUCUGCUCAUUCCUGAGGAGUCUGUUGCUGGCAACGGACAGAGCUCAGAAAGAUCCCAUGUGGGAAAAUCUUUUUAUUUGUUUUUUUUUUCUUCAUCACUACAAGCAGAUGAAUAAAAAGGGAAAGGCUAUGAGAAAGGGAAGAUACCAGGACACACCAGCCUCCCCAUAGAAGCUUGUAACCUCUUUGAAGAUUGUUGUGAGUGGGCUGGGGCUUUUGUCUCUCUCGCUGUUUACAUGACACUACCAGACACCUCUCCAGAGGUGAUUUGUGCAGCAAGCUUGCUGAUUGCUGGGUGGUAUGGAGGUGGCCAAGUCCUGGAGAAAUAGCUCUGUGAGUGAGAAUUUGGGCAGAGGGCCCCGAGGCAAAGGAAACCAACUAAUUUCUGCAUUCAAGGGUUUGAAACAGACACUAGGCUGAGCAGCAGCCUGUUAGCUAGGGACUGAGAGAAAAAGCUAUAGAAACUAAAGACUCAUGUAUAAAUUAUUUUAUUUAUUUCUGUAAUUAGCUCUUCAUAAUCAGGAGUUGGUCUUUUUCAGUCUGUGGUUUUGUUAAUGUGAAAAAUAAGUUGUAGUUUCAAAUGGUUGCCUAGGGAACAGAGGUAAUUGUAUAUUCCGUUUAAACGAAAUAAAGAGUAUUUGUCGUA